CGCGGGGCCAUGUGCAGGACCCUAACGACAGGCGCCUCCGGCCCAUUUACGGUUUUAAAGGCAAUUGGUUUACAGAGAACUGGAAAGCAAGAGGAAGCCUUCACCUUGGCGCAGGAGGUGGCAGCCCUCGAACCCACAGAUGACAACUCGCUGCAGGCACUGACUAUUCUUUACCGGGAGAUGCAUCGACCGGAGUUAGUUACAAAACUUUAUGAGGCAGCUGUGAAGAAAGUUCCCAAUAGUGAGGAGUAUCACUCUCACCUCUUCAUGGCUUAUGCCAGAGUGGGCGAAUACAAGAAAAUGCAACAGGCUGGCAUGGCUCUAUAUAAGAUUGUCCCCAAAAACCCUUACUACUUUUGGUCUGUGAUGAGCUUAAUUAUGCAAUCUAUAUCAGCACAGGAUGAAAACCUCUCAAAAACGAUGUUUCUGCCCCUCGCUGAGAGAAUGGUAGAAAAAAUGGUGAAAGAGGACAAGAUAGAAGCAGAGGCUGAAGUUGAACUUUAUUAUAUGAUCCUGGAACGUUUGGGGAAGUACCAGGAAGCCUUGGAUGUCAUCAGAGGAAAAUUAGGAGAGAAGUUAACAAGUGAGAUACAGAGCCGGGAAAAUAAAUGCAUGGCGAUGUACAAGAAGCUGAGCAGGUGGCCAGAGUGCAACGCCCUUUCCCGGCGCCUCUUACUGAAAAACUCAGAUGACUGGCAGUUCUAUCUGACUUAUUUCGAUUCUGUCUUUCGACUGAUUGAAGAGGCCUGGACUCCUCCUGCUGAAGGUGAACACUCUUUAGAAGGAGAAGUACAUUAUUCUGCAGAAGAAGCUGUGAAGUUUAUAGAAGAUCGGAUAACAGAAGAAUCUAAAAGUUCUCGCCACCUUCGAGGACCACAUCUAGCUAAACUGGAGUUGAUUAGACGCUUACGGCAUCAAGGUUUUAAUGAUGAGUACAAACUGGGUGAUCCAGAAGAAUUAAUGUUCCAGUAUUUUAAAAAGUUUGGGGAUAAACCUUGUUGUUUUACAGACCUCAAGGUGUUUGUUGACCUCUUGCCUGCUACGCAGUGUACAAAAUUUAUUAAUCAGUUACUUGGAGUUGUUCCUUUGUCAACACCAACAGAGGAUAAACUGGCACUACCUGCUGACAUCAGAGCCCUGCAGCAACAUUUGUGUGUGGUGCAGCUGACGAGGUUACUGGGCUUGUACCACUCAAUGGAUAAAAAUCAGAAAUUAAGUGUGGUCAGAGAAUUGAUGAUAAGGUACCAGCAUGGACUGGAAUUUGGGAAAUCCUGUUUGAAAACCGAAUUGCAGUUUUCAGACUAUUACUGUCUCCUUGCUGUCCAUGUGCUUAUUGAUAUAUGGAGAGAAACAGGUGACGAAUCUGCUGUUUGGCAGGCCCUGACUUUGCUGGAAGAGGGAUUAACCCACAGCCCUUCCAAUGCUCAAUUCAAAUUGCUGCUUGUUCGAAUCUACUGUAUGCUGGGGGCCUUUGAACCAGUGGUGGAUUUAUACUCCAGCCUCGAUGCUAAGCACAUCCAGCACGACACCAUUGGUUACCUUUUGACCCGAUACGCUGAGUCCCUAGGUCAGUAUGCUGCUGCAUCCCAAUCCUGUAACUUCGCUCUCAGGUUUUUCCACUCCAACCAGAAAGAUACCUCAGAAUAUAUUAUUCAAGCUUACAAAUAUGGUGCAUUUGAGAAGAUCCCAGAAUUUAUCGCUUUUAGGAACAGGCUGAAUAAUUCUCUUCAUUUUGCACAAGUCCGUACUGAAAGGAUGUUGUUAGACCUUCUACUUGAAGCAAAUAUAUCAGUCAGCUUAGCAGAAAGUAUAAAGUCAAUGAAUCUUCAGCCAGAAGAAGAUGACAUUCCAUGGGAAGUCCUGCGAGACAACAGAGACUUAAAUGUUUUCUUCAGCUGGGACCCAAAGGACAGGGAUGUUUCUGAAGAACAUAAGAAACUGUCCUUGGAGGAGGAGACCAUGUGGUUAAGAAUCCGCUCCUUAACACUGAGGCUGAUCAGUGGACUUCCAAGCCUGAACCACCUUGUGGAGCCAAAGAACUCGGAGAAGACCACUGAGAAUGGCGUGUCCUCCCGGAUUGAUGUUCUUCGUUUGCUCCUUCAGCAGCUGGAAGUGGCCCUGCAGAUGGGAAAGCGAUUUAUUGAGAAGGAAAUUCAGUAUCCUUUCCUUGGUCCUGUGCCUACCAGAAUGGCUGGAUUCUUUAAUUCUGGCUGUUCUCAGUGUCAGACCAGUUCUUUUUAUCUUGUUAGUGAUAUUUAUGAGCUGGAUAUUAAUGGUUUAGAGGAUACAGUGGAGAUCCAGGAGCGAGUAGAGAAUAGUCUUAGGUCUUUACUAGAACAGUUAAAAGAUGUCUUCAGUAAAUGUAAAGGUGACCUCUUAGAAGUUAAAGAUGGUAACUUGAAAACACACCCUACUCUUUUAGAAAAUCUAGUCUUCUUUGUUGAGACAAUUUCUAUUAUCCUUUGGGUGUCCAGUUACUGUGAGAGUGUCCUGCGACCAUACAAAUUAAAUUUACAGAAAAAGAAAAAGAAGAAAAAAGAAACCAGCAUCAUCAUGGUAAUAACAGACAAAACACAACCACCUGUUUUUACCAGUUUCCAAGACUAUGUUACUGGGCUUCAGAUUUUAAUUUCCAACGUUGUGGAUCAUAUUAAAGGGCUUGAAACACAUCUAAUUGCACUUAAACUUGAAGAACUUAUUUUAGAAGACACUUCUCUCUCACUGGAAGAGAGAAAAUUUUCAAAGACUGUGCAAGGGAAGGUGCAGAGCAGUUAUCUGCACUCACUUCUGGAAAUUGGGGAGCUGCUGAAAAAAAGACUUGAGACCACAAAGAAACUAAAAAUUUAAGGAAGUGAACCACAGGCACUGAUGACUCGAUAGCAGAACAUGACAUCUUCCCAGGCAAAAUGUACAUCUGGUUGACCAUCAUUUUAAUCCAGAACUUCCUCAUAAAAUGCAUGAAGGACUUUGAUCGUGAAUUAAUUUUUUAGGUAUUAAAUGUAUACAACUGAUUAAAUUAUUGUAUAUAUACCCGAAGCAGGACCCUCAUAUGGGUUUGACCACUUUUUAUACAUGUUCAUAUGCAUAUGGCAGCCACAAGAGAACCCCACUUUUCUUCUUCUCUUCUAUCACCGGAAUCAUCUGGUGUGGGGAGGGUCCUAUAAAAGCAGCAAUAGAAAUUAAGCAUAAAGCGUCGACCUCAGAGCAGCUGAAUGGCCCUUCCAUUGUAGCAGUGGACAUUUUGUUCUGGUCCUUGAGCCUUAGGAAGCAAAAAGGAGAAGUAGAGGGGACCGUGACUGGAAGCAGGCCCUCUUUCCACAUCAGCAGUUUAGUUUCGUGGCUUCCUCAGCUGCUUCGCUCCCACAGAACCCAAAGCAGGUACCCAAAGGGCCUUAGAUGCAAUGUGGCCUGAGCACCUGCCAUUGAAGGGCCUCACUCAGACAACCACAGGUGCUCAUUUUGUGGCUUAAUCGUUCCUGUAGCCCCAUCCGAACCCUGUGAGAUUUACAGCACAGACAGGCCUCUGCUAACUUACAGCUGUUAGGAGGGAAAAGCAGUGCAGACCACUUACAAGCCUGCUGAGGACUAGCUUGCUGUCUUUCAUCCAUUUGGGAAAGAUGGGAAUCACUUUUAAAGAAGAGAGGUGUACAUAAUUUAUGCAGGCAAGUCUAAUACCAAUGUCAUUGGUUUUGUGAGAUAUAUAUAUAUAUAUAUGUAUAUGCUUUUACAUAUAUAUAUAUUUUCAAGCAUAUAUGUGUGUAUA